AUGAGCCAUGAGAGCGACUUUUUCAAAAACAUUGCGUUGAAUGAGACGUUGUAUGCGAAACACAUAUGUGAAAACACCGCGCAACGCAUCACUGAAGGUGAGAAGGUUCCGAUCCUUUCGAUCCCAAGAACAUCUUUUACAGCGUUCAGACUCAGUUAUGCAUCGCCUGUGGAAAUAUCACAGAGCUCCAGGUCUGUUCUCCUGGGCGGUGUUCCCAAUCUAUGGUAUCUCCAGCACAAGAGCAACUUCUUGAGAUCGCUAUACCGUUUGGCGCACAAAAAGGUUAGCAGAAGAGUCCAGCUGGCUGGUCAGUAUGCAAAUGGCGUGAGUUAUCACUCCAGGCGGAGGUCGCGUCGUCCAAAAUCGAGCUUCGCGUUACACGAUGGAUCUAUUAAAAGGCAAGAUAAACCCAAACCUAAAUCAAAAGCGGCGCCACUGGAGUCUAACGUGGAUCCAAGUAUUGGGAAGGGAGAGAUCAGGUUUGUCGCUCAAUUGCGCUCUUCGUCGCCGAGAUCUUCAUCUCCGGUUUCGAGUGAUACCAAUAGCGUGGCCGUGGCUGAUCUUUCUCAAGAGGGUGGGCACGGGCUUUCGAUCGCGAAUAAUGAUAAUUCAAAGCUUUCCGCGCCAAAGUGCUCCGCGACAAAGUGCCGAGGCUCAUUGUUGCGUAUUGACCCUUCUGUGCAUCCAGUUCCAGAUUCAGCACCAGAGAAUUUAAAUGGGAACCACCAAAAUCGUUCCCCUGUAUCUCAAGCAAAUAACUCCGGAGAUCGCAACGAUCUCAAGGCUUCGGGUUUAAAGAGACCUUGCAUCGAUGCUACGAAAACCAACAAAAAGCUCGCGAGCUUUCAAUAUAGCAUGCAGUCUGAGGAAUAUUAUUCUGCUGAAGACGGGUUCACGUCGUCAAGCUCCGAAUAUGAAGAUACACUAUCAGACAGUACCCCUGAAACUAUAAAAAGUGAGAUUAUACAUCAUCCACAAUCUAGCAGAACCGCCGUACCAGUAUUAAUACAACCACUCUCGGAGAAAAGAAGCGCCUCUAACGUAAAGUUCAGGGACGAAGAACGACCGGUGCGACAACGUCAAGAGUCUUCGGCAAAUUUGAGGGCUCCCUCUGAUGACAGUCAAGCUAGCGACACCCAAGCAAGUGGUCUUUCUUACAGCUUUGAUGAGGACGAAUACCACACAAGGCGCAAUGGUUCAAAGUCAGGCCAAGUAGAAUACCUGAGAUUAGUCAGUCCAGAACCUAAUAAAUUGACUCCACAGGAGAGUACUAACAUCUCAAAACUCGAUGAACGUCGAAAAGUUCUGAAGGAUGUCAAAAGCUUUGUCAGUGAGACUGGCAGAAAAAUACAUUUCGAUAAGUUGGACAAGUUUCAUUUUGAUUUGAGCCGAGUUCUCGGUGCAGAUCACACAAUCUCACAGAAGUUCUUCAAAAAAUUCAGCGCUGGUGAAGUUGUAAAGAUGGAAAAAAUGCUCGUCUUUGUGAAAUCAUCCAAGUCUGCUCGCGGUCCACCCUUGCAUUUCUCCGAUGUAGAGCCUAUAGAUACGCGGGUUGUUGAGAGGUGGAAGGAAUUCAUAGUUGUGGCGCGCGCCACGGGGGUACCAGAGGCACCUUUAUAUCUGCAGUUUUAUCGCAAUAGGAACAUCCCCCAUGUCGAGGCGUAUAACAGUUCUGUCGAAAACUACAGGGCAAAUUCCAUGGAUUUCAUGUUUGACAGUUCUUGCAUCGUGGGAUUUUAUAACACUUUGGACAAGACAAUUCAUGUGAUUACAACGGCGCCCUCUAAAGUGGACGCCGGAAAGAUGCAUGCAGACAGGUUUUCGCAAAUUACAGGACGUCUGAAAAUUUACAUUUUGAGAUGUAGCUCCUCUGCAUCUGCAGAAAAAUGGUUGCUAUUUCUUCGAAGGUCGCUGGGGAUUGUAGACCGCUCAACAAAAGUCCAUAUCAAUAUUCCAGAAGUCAAGGUUUCACUUGAGAUUCCUCUUCCCCUUGACCUGCUUCGAGUAUUUGAUAAACAAUCUUAUCUCGAAGAAGACAACUUAAAAUUGUUGAUGAUGCCUCGAGGAUAUAAGCCUGUUUCAUUUCCCUUGGCUAGAUAUUUGGAGUUAGUCAUAUUGAACAAAUUGGGUGAGUGUGGUUACAAAAAUGCCAUUUCUGGUUUGAUCCAAGCUAACACAAUUAGUGGAUUUUGUUGGAAACAUUAUGAUAGGAUAGAAUGGUGUCCCGGUGAUCAGUAUGAUUUAGCACUUAGUGGCGUUUCACUCAAGGAAUCACAUUUGUUGGAAUACCGGUCAUUAACGCACUACCCAAGGAGUGUAAUAUUAAAAAAUGGGGAAACCUGGACAGAACCUUCGGGUGUGGAAGGAUUUUUAAUGAAAUGCACAAAUCGAUAUGGUAAAGAGACGGAGAAAGUACUUCACACAGCUUACUACAGAUUUCUCUAUUUUUUCACAUCCGAUGGGUUGUUAUUUUUUAUGAGUUCUUUCAAAGGUUUACCGCCACUUCCCGAUGGAGUCCUCAGCAAAGAUGAGAGUUGUGCUUACGAUAUUGGCAAAUUGGAAGAUAAGAUAAAAAAUCUUCCUGAAAGUUUCGAACAUAAUCCAUACCCUCUUGACCUCGAUAGCCAUAUCGAAUGGCUGAAGGAAGAUACGAGCUCGGCCGAUUUCCAAGAGAAGGAUAAUGCUGCCUUUGCGGCAAUGUGGAGGAAAAUAGCGCAUGUCAUAAAAGCUGAAAAGGUCAUUGAUCUCACCGAAGUUAUCGGGGUUUCUAAACUUUCUGCUGCCAAUGAAAAUUCAACUGAGCUCAGGUACAGAUUUCUAACCGGCGCUAAUAACUUUGUUUGGAAAGCUACCCAGUCAGUUGAGGAAACAAUUGAAUCGAUGUUUGUCCUUUCUAUGAGUAAUGGUUUGAAAGUAAAACUUUUGGCGCCUUCUCCUCAAGUUGCCGAUGAGUGGGUGACAAGGUUAGAGUAUUUAAGCAGGUACUGGAAACAUAGAAAGAGUGAGGACACAAAAUCCAUGUGGUCUGCUAAAAUGGAAAACCUUUCCAAUUUGAAGAUUCCUGAAUCAGAAGAGUCCAAUAUCAGCGAAGACACGCCUAAAUGGGUCACUGAUCGAGGUGUUGCCAAUGAAAAUGUCUACAACAUAAGUGCGCAGGCAAUGCUUAGACCACUAAUGCAAAGCGGAAUUCUGUAUGAAAAACCACACAAGCAUUCGAGCUUUAAGAAGUUUUUUGUCAUAUUGACGCCGGGAUUCAUAAUACUUUACAAAUACUUCAAGAGCGCUAAGGUGAACUAUUCAAAAAAAGUGGUUGACCAUCGGCAUUAUAUGACUAUCCCGAUAGAAGAAUGUUACGUCUAUUCGGGAAAUCUGACUUCCUUGGAUUUACUGCAGCGGGACAAACAAUUUGAUAAUUUGAAUCCAGGCCAUAAUCCCUUGCCGCGAGUCUACCCAGAUGGGUGGAGAUCUAGUGAAGAUGAGGCUUCAAAAUGUUUUACGCUCUGGUUCGGCACAAAGAGGGCUGUGUCGAACUAUAAUUCCUUGUUCAACUACAAUCCAAAAAGUCGCACGCACACUGCUAGCUCUGUAAACGGCACUGAUGAAGUGCAAUCCGGUGCUGAAAGUGACAUGCCAAACACGAGGUCAUCGGAAGCUGGUGAUCUCAACAUGGAAGGAAAUCCUCAAAAAAACAAGAACUUUUUACGGGCAGUUAGCAGGUUAGGAGUUUCCGGGAGGUCACUUGUGUUUAUGGCACGCUCGAGACAGGAGAGGGAUCAAUGGGCGCUGAAAAUCCAAUGUGAGUUAGAGAGGUUGAAAGGAAGCACAACUGCUUCCUAG